CUUUCCAGUAGUGCACUAUUCUGCUAGCAUGUAGCUGGUGCGGCCACUACCGCACCUCACUAAAAUUUUGAUCUUGAACACACUCGUUCAUCACCAAUGUCCCUUCCUAUAGUCAAGAGUCCGUUAAGGAUCAGGUUGGCCCGUUUCGGGAGAAAGCACCAGCCGUUAUACAACAUCGUGGUCGCCAAGAAAGGGUCUGCUCGUGACAGCUUACCAAUCGAAGUCUUGGGAACCUACAACCCAGUGCCAGUUCCAUUAACCCCAGAAGAAAAAGCCGCUGGCGUCAAGGCGUUCAAAGAUAUACAGUUGGACUUCAACAGAUCGAAGUACUGGGUCGGUGUGGGUGCCGAUGUCAGCGAAAGAGUCACGUUCUUGUUCAAGAAGGCUGGAUUGUUGCCAGAAACUUGGCCCAAGCCUCACAAGUUGACUCAGCAUGUUGAGAAGGAGAUCGUCAAGGACUCUACCGUGGUUUACGAAAAGCCUAGAGAGUUGUAUAGAAAAAGAUAGGGGGCUUGUACAUAAUAAUAAAUAGCAUAAGGAAGAAAUGCCUGUGAGCAUGU